GAACUAUCUGCCAGAGAUCAGAAGAGAUUCAAGGCAUUUCAUACAAAGAUGGAGGCUCACCUUAUGAUUGCUCAGUACAAAGUUCUCCAAAAUGCUUCUCCAGAAGUCUUCCCACCCCUCUCCAAAGUCCUUUGGCAUGUUAACUUCAUAUCUGCUAUCAAGACUGUUAGCUACGACUGCUGUGUGAACUCCUGUGUGGCUUACACAGGAGUUCUCACCAAAGAGACCAUUUGCCCACACUGCAGUGAGCCCUGUUUGAAGCCCAAUGGCCAGGCUCAUCGUCAGUAUGCGUACCUGCCUCUCAUUCCUCAGCUGCAAGUGCAAUAUGGGAAUGGGAGAUGUGCCAAACUGCUGAUGUUGUAUUGA